AUGGCACAGCCUUCGAUUAUAGUUGGAAAGGCGCCUUGGAAUUCUCUUAAACAUUUUGGACUCUCUCUGCGCAGAGCAGUGGCUCAACUCCAAAAUUUCAAGACAGCUCUUACUCUAAUUCUAAUUUUAUACGCCUUUUGCGUUGGUGUGGGAUAUAUUAUCUGCAUGUUGAUUCUUUUAACGGAUAUAGUUGCAGGGAAUCAUUACCUCGAAGGUAUAGUAGGUCUAAUUGAGGAAGCACACGAAUUUGUGCUCCCUUCAUUGCAGCUUAUUAAUGGACUGUUGGGUUUGUUUAUGGGAUUCUCAAUACUAAUCCACAACUCGCCUCUCGGCUAUUUUCUAAGGAGGUGGAAGAUUGGAGGGCUUCCCAAAGUAAAGUAUGGGAGUUUAGUGGAUGAAGAGAAGAGGGAAAACUGCUGUAUUUGUCUGGAAGGGAUUGGUGGGGAAGAGAGUGUGCGUAUUCUUCCUAAAUGUAAACAUUAUUUCCAUGGGCGGUGCAUCGAUCGAUGGCUUCUGUGUCAGAACAAGUGCCCUGUCUGCAAAGCUCCUGUUUGCCAGGAGUCAUAA